AUGGCGGGGCCAUCAUCUUGUCUUCAAGCGAUUCUCUUUAUUGUCUGCUGGGGGCUAGCCCAUGCCUCGAACAACAACACAUCGCCAUGUAGCGAUACAACAGACCCGCAGCCAAUCGCGAUAAACCUAUCUCUUGAUACAGUGACCGCUGCCUGUGUCCCUUCUAUUGACCAGUGGAUUCCCUUGGCAGGUGUUUAUUCCGGUGGUUCUUCCGCAUGUCUUCCAAAUUAUUCCAAAGUCACGAGUCUGCUGCGCUGGAACUAUUAUCAAGAACGCCGUCCCAAACCUCAACGUCACUCUAGCCUCUUCAGCAAUGUGUAUAGUCUACGAGAUGCUUUAUUUGGUUCAAAAUGCCCUAUUGCGGAUGAGGAACUCUCUUCAGAUCAGAUAAAGUUCGGAUUUCUGGAAGCUUUUGAAGUAAUCAAACAUCUCUCAUGGACGAAUGAGCGCACUAACAUUACGUCCGCGCUCAUCCUGUUCCCCCCAUUUUUCAGCCCUGAGGUCCGAGAGCUUGUCAUUGAAGCGUCUCAGGAGGCUGGGAUCAUGCCCACUUUCCCACCAAUAAGCCCUCACACACUAUUGGCGACACUUGAACCAAACAUACUGGACGAUGAAAUCACAGCAGUCAACUUGGCUGCUAAAUCUCAUAAGCUUCUUAUCAUCGAUUAUGGCGCAUGGCAGUUCGACAUUCGAACACGUGACACGCGGUGUAAACUGAGGUUUCCACUCGAAUCAAUGGGCUGCAUGAACCUCAACCACAGACUUACGAAAAGGGUUAUUUCGACCAACAUGGACAUCCAACAACAGUUGGAUCAGGGUGGUUCAGACAAUACUCUGUCUUCCGCGAUCUGGCAAUCACGGCUUUUGAUGAAGGCGGAACGCGAUGUUGAGUCGUGGGACGAAGAAGCAUCUGAAGGGGAAUUGCCCCAUAAAUGGCCUCUUAAACUGGAUGAUUGGUGGAUUGGUCAGAAGAAGGAGGCAUUCCUCUACUGGGAAGAUAUCGAGACUACUGAAGCUGAAUAUAUCAGCGUGCUAGCGGAGGGACUGAAUAACCUUCUAACCUGCAUACAAGAUGAAGCAGCUGAGACCGAACACGAAUCUAAAGAUUUCGAUCAAAUCAUUAUUCUGGGUAAUGCUUGUGAUCGAUCAGUUAUCGCACGUGUUGUGAGACAGAGUGUCGGUGAGCAUGCUAGGAUUAUCGGAGCUAACUCGGAGGCGGACGUUUUUCUAGAAGCACUAGCUGGUGCUCGAUUUGCCUUCACAUUUCAUGAAGCUAAACACAAUAUACAAGCAUACCGGAAGUCUCGACUGCCGGGUGGUCACGAGGAACUUUAG